UCCCCUCCUGCCCCUUCCACCCUGCAGCCCUUGCCCCAUUGGGAAGGAAGUGCGAGAUGCUGUUUUUGAGCAGAUAUCAAAUCAACAACCCGACCGCUGGGUGCGGCAAGCACCACCCUGGGCACUGGGGAGGGCACCUGGCCACCACCAUGGCUCCUGAGGAGCUCUCCGGCUCGGCUGACUACGAUUACCCACCAGUGACCAAUGUGAUGGUGAACGAGGAGGUCUUCUCCAGGUGGGAGGUCUUCUUCACUACUGUCUUCAUCCCCAUCCUCUACACCUUCAUCUUCCUCCUCGGCCUCGUGGGGAACCUCUUUGUCAUCAUGCUGAUGGCCAAGAAGAGCGGGGGCAAGCGGGUGGUGGACACCUUCGUGCUGAACCUGGCGGUGGCUGACAUCAUCUUCAUCUGUACCUUGCCCUUCUGGGUGGUGGCAGGGGCGCAGGGGAACCGCUGGCUGCUCGGUGAAGGGCUCUGCAAGGUCAGCAGCUAUGCCAUCGCCGUCAACCGCUGCUCCAGUAUCCUCUUCCUCACUGCCCUCAGCAUGGAGCGCUACCUGGUCAUUAGGAAGGUGUUGGACACCAAGAUGGUGGGUUCCCAGAGGUACAUCCGCAUCACCUGUGCCAUCAUCUGGACUGUAUCCCUCCUCCUGGGUGCCCCAUCCCUGGUGUACCGGCGCCUGGAUGGGGACGACUGCUGGGAUGAAGAUGGAGAGGACUUCAGCCUGGCCAUGGUCUUCCUCACCUUCCUCCUGCCCUUGGGGAUCAUCACCUUCUGCUACUGCUCCAUUUACUGCCGGCUCCAGCGCCACAUCCGGCUGGGCAGGGGCGUCCAGCGCUCCCACCGCGCCAUCAUCACCAUCGUCGCAGCCUUCCUCUGCUCCUGGCUGCCCCUCAACACCUGCAAGGUCCUGCUCUUCUUCCUUGCCAAGGGGAUGCUGGUCCUGUCCCAGGGGCAGGAGGUGGCCCUGAGGUGGGUGGUGGCCAGCAGCACCUGCCUGGCCUUCGUUAACAGCUGCGUCAACCCCCUUGUCUAUGCCCUGAUGGACGGGCGCUGCCGCCCCCGAUGUCCCUUCGGUCCCUGCACACUGGGGACGGGUCCCAGCACGGCUGCCCGCUCCUCCACCACCGACUCCAGCCUCCUCUUUGGUGGCCGCAUCUGGACCAAGACCCCCGCUGGCCCCCAGCACAGGGCUGGGACUGAGCUCCAGCUGGCACCGGGGGUCCCACGGGGCCACCCCGGGGUGAAUACCCCCCCAUGCUCCCCAGUGGCCCCGGGUGCCACCGCGGUCCCCGCUGUCCUGCCUGGUCCCCAGCUUUAAUCCAGGUCCAGCCCCCCCGGUGCGAUUCCCGAGGGAGCAGCACCCCAUCCCAGCCCCAGCCCUGAGCAGGCAGGAUCUGGCCCCAGGACAACCCCCUUCCUGCCCCAUCGCCCCCCCACCCCGAGAUGCUCUUCAUAAGGGAUGGCUUCAGGAGCAACAACCUGGUUUUAA